GAUCUCUGCUUCAAGACUUCAGAGGUAACAAAUUUCUCAAUUUUUUUUUUCUUUUCAUAAUUAUCAUUUUCUGUUCCUAUUUUCCCUUUUUUCUCCGUUUCGGUAACCAUUUUUCGAUUGAAAAUCAUAUAUUCAAGUCGCAUCGUUUUUCGAUUUCUUCUUCAAUUUAGCAAUCCAUUUUCUCUGAUCGGAAUCUGGAAUCGACGAAUCGGAAUGGGUUUCUUGAUAACGACACUAAUCUUCGUGGUGGUUGGGUUCAUCGCGUGUCUCUGCACCAGAAUUUGCUGCAAUAGAGGACCUUCUGCUAAUCUAUUUCACUUAACUCUGGUUAUUACCGCAACAAUAUGCUGCUGGAUGAUGUGGGCGAUCGUAUAUCUGGCACAAAUGAAACCACUCAUAGUACCAAUACUAAGUGAAGGCGAAUAAGUUUUUGAACAAAUGUAGUUUCUUGUAUGUUAGAUAAUAUGGAUCUCAGAUUGGAUGCUGGAGAGAAUUUGAUAUCAGCUCUCAUGAGUCGUUGAUUAUUUCCUAAGGUUGGAUAUGUAUGUAUUUUUUUGUGUUGGAUAAUGGCAUAUCUGUUGUUGCCUGAUGUUGCUCGGUUAUUAUAGUUGUUGUAUUCAACCCUCAUUCAUUUCAGAUGUUGUUUCAAUUUCAAAACAUUAAUGAAAAAUAAAAAUGUUACACAUUA